AUGCUGAAGGAGGGCGAUUAUGUGCAUAUCGAGGUAGACCUUCGUGGUUUGCACCUGCCUUUUGGGACCUUGGCCGUGGCCAUCAACUCAGAGCCCGCAGAGACGGUUUUCGACGACAUCGCGCUGUCGUCAAGUAUGCACAUGAUGCCCGUGGUCUGCAUGGGCGGUGAUGGGUCAAGGGUACGUGUUUGUCCGGCUUGCUAA